GGAAUAUUUCUUAAAAAUUCCCUCAACUACUUAAAACUUAAUAUAAAUAGCAACUCCGAUCUCAUUCAAUUCGCCGCAGUUAAAAUGACAAAAUUUGAUAUAGUGAUAGCCGUUAUAUAUGUAGCUCCUCACAUUGACAAGAACGAAUUCGAGACCAGCAUGCAUGCCAUUUUCCUACAACUCAAUAGAUAUACACGAAUAAUUAUAGGUGGUGAUGUAAACUGUCAUCACCCAGCUUGGGGUGACGAUACGACUGACCCAAAAGGUUCGAUCCUCGUAACUGCUAUAAACUGCUCAAACCUCAUACUAAUCAACACGGGUGAAAAAACGUAUGUUCCCUUAGAGUUAGGAAGAAGGUCGACUGCCAUAGACAUUUCCUUAUGCUCUUCCAACUUGUUCCAAGUAGUCAAUUGGAAAGUUCUACCUCAAUCCAUCGGCUGUAGUCAACAUUUGUUGAUAGAGAUGGACAUAACAAGUGAAAAGACAAAUGACACUCGAACUUACACGAACUAUCAACAAAUUUUUAAAGACAUUUCAGCCUUAACUGGUGAGGAAAUUUCAGGGUUAGACGUUCUGAAAUCCUUCUUUGGAGCGUUAGGAAUAACAGGAAAAAAAGUAAACACAUCCCAAAAAUUUGGUGGGAUCAGCAAGUAGAGGAGGCAUGGCAAAACAAAGCAACAUCUCUUAAAAAGUUUAAUUCUCAAAGCACCAUAGAAAAUGCCAUUGAGGUCAGAAAAAACAGAGCAAUCUUUAUUCGUACCAAAAAAGAAUCAAUGAAAAGGAGUAUUAAAGAGUUCGCUGCCAGUAUAGAUCCUCAAAUAAGUUCUAAGGCACUUUGGGAUAAAAUAAAUAGGAUAGCAGGAAACAACAAAAAGCAAAAGACCAACAACCCUAUACAGGAAGAUGUUGACAUGGCAGAAAAGUUCAUGGACUUACAUUUCGGCAACAACGAUAUUGAUUUUGAUAUCCCAUUGUCGUAUGGAAGAACGUGUGAAUAUAAUAUCCUUAAUGCAGAGCUGUGGAAUAGUAUUCUAUGCCGAAAGAAAAACAGGUCAGCCCCAUCUAAUGACCAAAUAACAUAUGGCAACCUGUCGUAUCAACUGAAAGAAAUAAAGGUUAUCGCUAUACCGAAACAUGGAAAGGAUCAGUCAAGUAUCGAAGGUAAACGACCAAUUUCACUGGUUCCAACACUAACAAAAAUUUUAAACAGUGCGGUUCUGGAAAAGAUCCAAACCCACAUAAACAUCAACAACAUCCUUCCUGAAAAAUCUUUCGGAUUCAGGAAAAACGUUUCAACGACAACAUGCAUUAAUUUCCUCACAAAUAUCGUCAAGGAUAGCAAAAGGAAAAAACUCAUUACAUCUAUUAUUUUCAUUGAUUUAAUGAAUGCAUUCAAUGCUGUCAAAACAGAACUUUUGGAAGAUAUUAUGACAAACCAACGAUUUCCUCCAGAAAUUGUAGUGUGGGUUGGAUACUUCCUGAGAAACAGGAAGCUAUCCAUGCAAGUCGGGCAAAGCUGUGUGACACGAACAAUCAGUAAUGGAUUACCUCAGGGAGACGUACUUUCACCCACAUUAUUUAAUUUAUACACUUCUGACUUACACCUUACUCAGAAUGAAGACGCAGAUAUUCUGCAAUUUGCUGAUGACUUUGCCCUGGUUGUUAGAGGAAAAUCUCUUGAAACAGUAGAACAGAGGACUCAAGAAUUACUGAACAAUUUUGUUUCCAGAGCUAGAAGGUUGAACUUUCAAAUUAACCCUGCAAAGACUAAAGCGUUACUUCUCCUCAGGGGAAAACGCAAACACAAUAUCCGAAUACAUAACGUACCUGUGGAAACGGUCGCGAGCCACAAAUAUCUGGGUAUCCAUAUAGACCGAUCCUUCGGAUUUGGGAUUCACGCUAAACAAACUGCAAAACAAAUUCAGGAACGGCUGAGAAUGAUGAAAGUUAUUUGUGGAACACGUGAAGGAAGCCAUCCUCAAACUAUGUCAUUAGUUUUCAACGCACUAUUACGUAGUAAAGCUGAGUAUGGAUCCUCAAUAAUCGGGAACACAUGCAAAACUAAUAAAGAAAAAAUACAGGUCAUCCUAAACGAUGCUAUGCGUAAAGCCACGGGUUGCAGCAGAACUACCCCUCGAAAUACGCUUCUAGCUAUAGCUGGUCAAGAACCUUGGGAAGUAAGAAAUAAAUUUGUUACAUGUAAGGAAACUGCUAGAACUGUAUACUAUAGAACUCCAGUUUACAACCAACUACAAAAAGUGUCAGACUUUAGAGGAGAUACGAAGAAGCUAAGUUUUAUGGAAAAAAUAUUCGUGGAAUAUCAAGAAACGUUUAUGCGCAUAAGUCCUAUGGUACAAUCCAAGAAAAUCGAAGUGAACAUCUCUACAAAUAUUGGCAUUAACUGUUCCAAGAACAAUGUCAAUCCAAGAGUGUUGAAACAAAAAGUGCUGGGUAUCCUUAACAGUCGAUACAACCACUGCCAUCGAAUCUACACGGAUGCAUCGAAAUUAGGUGAUAGAUGCGGUAUUGGAGUCUACAUAGAAUCUAGAAAAAGAAAAAUUAUAUUGGCGCUCGACCGAGAAACAAGUAUUAUGACAGCUGAACUUCUAGCAAUUAACACCGCAACAGAAGAAAUUAGAAAGGAAAGGUUCGAAAACUCAGUAAUUUUGACGGACUCGCUGUCAUCUUGCACAUUACUUGGAAACUAUCUUGACCAAAUUAAUCGAUGUAAAAUCGUUGACGCAAUUCUAAAGUCCUGUGAAGAAUUGAACAUACAAAUUCAGUGGAUCCCUAGUCAUAUCGAUCUUUCAGGGAACGAUAUUGCAGAUGAGUUGGCCAAAAAAGGAACCGGAACUAACGAUAUCGAAUCGAUACGAAACCCAAUUUUGCUCAAGGACGCUUACCUCUAUUUUGAAAAACAUAAACAAAAUCAAGCAAACAAUUGGUAUACAAUGUACUCACAAGAACUCUCGAAAGGUCUUAAAUUUUUCAAUAUUCAACCACAAUUCUCUGCAAAACCAUGGUAUCACAAAAUGGAUCUAACAAACACCGAAACCAGAACCCUCAAUCGCCUUAUGGCUGGGCACGACUACAGCAAAUACUGGCUAAAUAAGAUGCGGAUAGUAGAUAACCCUAAUUGCUAAAAUUGCAACCAACCAGAAACGGCAGAACACCUUAUCUUAAAUUGUCACAUGUACAAAGAUCUCCGAACGAAAUUCAGCUUCGAUGGUAAAUUUACCAAUAUUGCUGAACUAUUGAAGACAAAAGAUACAUUACUUCUAAAAGAAGUAGUAGAAUUUUUAAAAAAUGCUAAAAUGAACAUCUAAACUGUAACUUAGAUUACCAAAAAGAAACUCUAGUAAAAUAAUCCUUACGAUCACGUAACAAAAAAUAAACACAUACAAGAAUACCGCUGGAUAUAUGGUCACAGUCACCGAUCCAAAUGUGGUCGCACCCGCUACCACAACCAAACAAGAAGAAGAAGAAGAAGAAUUGGGAAUUGGUUCGCUAAGAAAUAAAAUAAAAUACAAAUACCUAAAGCUAGUGCUAAAAAGCAAUUUUAAGUUGUGAUGCUGUCAUCAAAGCUUAGAGUCGUUACUUCCAAGGCGGGUAUAUAGUAAAUUUAAUAACCUUGGUUACUUCCUUGGGUGUUUGACGUUUCAAAGAGUUAUUGAAAUAAUUUUUUUAAAUGAUUUUUUCAAAGCUGUAACAUUUUUUUUUAAAUAAUAGGUUUAUUUAUCAAGGCAUUUAAAAAGCUGUAACAUGCUGAAAAAAUGGACAUUAUAUUUCAAAGACCGGAUAUUGAAUGAAAAUCAUACGCGUUUACAUUACGGUUCACAGCAAAUCAGCUACAGCUGACCGUGGUAAUCACAUCAUUCUUAUUUACUACCGAGAAACACAUACUUAGUCGAUUGUUGUAUUAUUCUGUAUUGCUAUCUUCCGUCGCGACGCUAUUCUUGGAUGGUGCCAUUAUCUAGAAAGGGAAAUUGAUUGACGUGUGUAGUAAAUCAUACUGGCUUCGCUGUAUGCGAAUCGCAAGAAGAGAGCGCUUGAUUUCAGGUGUGUUCAACAGAACUGAAUCGAAAUCAAUUGAAAUGGAUUGACAGUUGAUCAGCUGUUUUUCCAAUUGACUUCAAUCGAUUUCUAUCAGGCUGCUGAAUGAACGGCCAGACACUAAUACUAACGCGCUGUUUUUAUUGUCAUUUUCUUAUUCAGCUAUACUCUAUGAGGUUUCAGGAUUAAUUUUCUUAUAUAAAAGAAGCAAAAUCGUAAUGGUCUUAAAUUUUACUUUUAAUUAAUUUUUCGAUUCCCGAUGCGUCUCCGCUAGAAUUGAAAAAAAAAACUGAGUUUAUGAUUCGACCCCACAAAAAAGGAAAAUGAAAAAAAUAACGGAUAAAGUAUUUUUUAAUAAAGAUUAUUUAUUUCUGGAAAAUUUUGUGUCUAUUUUCCGGCUGGCUAUCACAAAAUACUGCAUCUCUGACACAGCACCGCCGACACCACAUCGACCGACAUCAAUUUCACUGGCACAGCACCAUCGACUCAGAAUACCUGGCAGACUACGACUUUCACAGCAACACCGACCCAGCAUGAUUGGCACAGCACCACCGACACAGCAUGGCUGACACAGCAGCACCGACCAGCAUCGACCAACACAGCACUACCGACACCGACUUAGCACGGCACAGCACCACCGACUCAGUACACGACAGAGGACACCGCACCGAAUGACAUCACUUUCAAACUUGAAUAUUAAAAAACAAAACCGAAUCAGCUGUUUUUUGACAGUAAACAACUGCAUUUGUGUUAGUGCGAUAGAAACCGAUAGAAACGAAUCCUGCUCUCGAGCUUGAUCGAUUUCGAUUGGUUUCGAUCGAUUCCGAUUGGCUUCAUUGAACGUCAAUUGGAUUAGUUUCGAUCACAACAUUGGCUGAGUGAACAACAAUUUACCAAUCGAAAUCGAUUGAAACCGAUUUCAAUUGGCUGUUGAACGGGCUUUUCAUCGAUUAUUUCAACUAACAUAACGGAUUUGAUUGAAUUGACCGAGGUUGAACUUGAGAUAGCUUUCCUAUGUUAGAGAACUGUUGGACUAAAAGAUGUUAAAAAUGAUUAAAUACAAGGUUAUUACAAAAUUCUACUUAGUUUGAACCAUAAGUGUAGCUAAUUUAAACUUUUAAGAAAUCGAUAUUACUGAUGUUUGAUAUUUAAAUCUUUUGAUUUCGUUCCUGGUAUUAGGUAUUCAUUUAUUUAUGCAUAUUAGAACUUCGAUUUUUUUUCAUCAUAAAGAAAUUACAAAAAUCGAAAAAAGUACUUAUUCCGAGGAGCUUAAAGCGAGCGAAACUGACCAAUAGAUACUCGUUCUACA